AUGUACCAGCGCCCAAAAGAAAAAGAGAUUCUAGUUGACGAUAUCAGGCGAGCAGUCGAGCAUGAGUUCGCACUUCGAAGAUGUGCAUCGUGGCUGGAGAGAAAACUCCUUGAAAAUCAUGAGUAUGACAUGACUCGCAUUGUCGGAUCUUACCCCGAAAGACAUCUGGCAAUGUACGAAGCACGUCUCAAGCAUAAGGAGUCUCUCGUCCAGUACUUGUGCUUGCGUAUCGCUGGGAAACAUGCUGAGGCAGAGAAGUUGUAUGAAACGGUGCUGGCCCUGUCUGAAGAGGUUCGGAGAUGCAGUACAUUAGCUUGGGAUUGGUAG